AUGGCUCGGCAAUGGUUGCUGCCCAUACCCAGGGCUUCCAGAUGGGUCGAGAACGAUCAUAUCACGGCUGUUCAUACUAGGCAGACCGUUGCAGGAAUUUUAUGUGUCAAAGCAGACAAAGCUGUCAAUCAGGCUCUAAACGCAGCUGUACAUGCUUUCAGUGUCCGGUGGCUUCCGCUGAUUGCAGGUGCAAGUAUUCCCACCGAGAAACUGAAUGAACUGGCACGGAAGCUUUGGCAUAAUGCACGAUCCAAGAUCUUGCUGAUCUUGCAACAGAAGCGCAGCUACAGAUCGAUAUUGGCGCUGUAUAUAUUCGGAAUGACCCCACUGCCUCCAGGCCUCGAAGAGCAUGAGCUAGCCUACGGGAACAUUGGCGAAGUUUGCAUUGACAUUGCCAUGCGGCAGCUGCAGAAUGUCCGAGGGAAGAAGAACAUCAACCGCUUCUCUGCAGCGGCUAUUGUUGUCGAACCCUUAACUGCCACAGCGUCAGACGAUGCAUCAUCCCACACAAUUGAUGAGGGCUACCAACUGCGAGAAACCAUCGCAUACUGGGCAGGCUUUGUAUUUGACACUUCUGCGUCGCUGACCACUGGUUUACCUUCGAUACUCCAUGCGAGCAUCCUGGGGUUCCAACAGGAAAGAACCAUACAACUUUUGAAGAAGACCGCACAGGAGUUUCACGACAAGACGGAAGACUGGAGGGUCAAUGGUUUUGAGGUGACCAAUCAACGGGCGAUUUGGAUAGUCCAGUCCGCCAGCGGUUGGAAAGGCGUGUUUUGGAAAGCCGUGGCCUCAUUGCGAGAAGCUUUGAACUAUGGGCAUGAGCCGCAUGUGAUCUUCUGGGCACAAGCGGCCGCCUUGCAAGGCAUGCAACGAUAUGACAUGACUUACGCUCCGCUGCUUGCAGCUUGCAAGCGGGCCCUACUCUUUCUUGACUUCGAAACCCAACUCAAUUGGUAUCUUCUCUCUCUUCACUAUCACCUAGGACAAUUGAUUCUGUACGAUACCCUAGAUACAUUGGACAGGAGAGACUUGUUUCCGAAUUCGGACAACUCGCAACUGGCCGCCGUACAGGAGACUGUAAGCAUUAUCUUGCAAGGUAUUCAAUGCACGGUCUCUCUUCGAAAUGUAUUCGGCCCGUCGUCAGCGGCUCUUCGCGACGACACGGUGACCCUCCUAAGCGUUGACCCUUAUCCACAUCAUGUGGCCACAGCCUUGAGCCUUGUGUCCGAUUUCUUGCAGAAGCGUUCAAGGGGGGCCUGCACCAGCUCUGAAGCUCUCGAGCGAAUCCAAAACCUCGCAACGGUGGCGCUCGAUCAGCUCCCACAAUGCUCGGCCUCGCUCCAAGCUUCCCGAAUCAGCAUAAUGGCAAAAUUGGAAGGGAUACAACAGGUUCCAGACGGCCACAGCCCUGGUAACGGCAAGGAGCCGGCAAAUAAAAGCCGACAGCGGCAAUCGCAACUCGAGAGCCAUCACAUCGGUGAAGCGCGCGAGGAAGAGUUUGAGGCCAUCGACAGGUUUGAAAUUGGCACUAUACACCAGACGGCCGGGAGCGUUGCGAGUAGUGGUGAGCGGCAACAGAUGCCAUCAGGACUUAUUGAUCAAUGGGAUUGGACAUUUAGUGAGGACACACCAUUGAGCUUCGAAAUGCUCGAGCACGAUACAUUCUUGUCCGAUCACGGUCUUUUCGAAGACUGCUUCUUCCUCGCAUAG